AUGAGUGAUACGGGUUCAUCCAUAACUGAUUUUGGUAUGUGUAAACCAUUAUUACAGGAUUUAUCCCAAGGAAACAAGGUUUAUGGAGUGCUCCCAUAUGUGGCACCUGAAGUGUUAAAGGGAAAGAAUUAUACUCAGGCGUCUGAUGUUUAUUCCUUUGGAAUUAUCAUGAUAGAAGUAAUUACAGGGUUUCCACCUUUUUAUGACUUUCCGCAUAACGAAAAUCUUGCAAUAAGUAUAUGCGAAGGCUUACGUCCUACAAUUGGACGUAAAAUUCCCAAGCUGGUCGCAACAUUGAUUGAUCAAUGCUUGGACGCAGAUCCCACCAAACGAAUUUCCGCUGAACAAUUGAAAUCUACUUUAGAUCAAUAUUAUACGGAUGUGGAUUAUAAUGACGAGGAUUCAAUAAUUUGUAAGCAAGUCAAAUCAUGCGCUGAAUAUGACCCAAAUUAUAAUCCAGGCAUAGUUUCAGGAGAAACCAAACAACUUGAACUCGUGAUUCCAAAUUAUUUAGAAGACAUGGUAAAUACAUCCGAGGAAGAUGAAGUUUAA